AUGAACCACCGCAGGAAAGGGAAACGAAAAUGCAAAGUCAACUCCAUAGACAUAGAACUGGAGGCCUUCAUCUUUGGGUGCUUCUUCUACACAUGGAAUCAAAUUUUCACCGAAAAUGUGAAACAAAAGAAAAAGGGAAAUAAAAGGAGCACCAGUGGAGUAAACAAGAUCAGCUCCAGGGUGAGCAGCAUCCAACGUCUUAGUGUCGGGAAGACGACAAACACCGUUAAGAGAAAGUCGAAAUUGGGGGGUUCCACGAAUAAGACGUGUGCAGGUAAAACUUCGAACGUUUUAGAGGUGCCGACAUGGGACAAGGACAACAGCAGAAAAGGUUGUGAAGACAAUGAAGGCACCUUACCACACGAUUCGAGUAGGCACAUUCGUAAAAACGUAUGUGAAGAAUUCCAAAGGAAAUACAAAAUAAAUAUUAACGACCUCAACGAAAAAUUGCUCCAUUUUGUUAAGCUAAACUUUUGCUUGAAUGACCAAAAUUUUCAAAUUUUUCACGAUUUAUAUUCUUUUUAUGACCACAUAAAGGAGGAGAAAAGGGAUCAGGAGGUUUAUGUGCACCGCGUUUUUUUAAAAACCGAUGAGGGGUGUGCGUCUCAGGGGGGAGAAGGGGUGAGCAGUGCAGAUGGGAACAGCAGGGAAGGGAGAAGCGCAGUGGGAAUCAAGAGGUGUAAGGGGGGAGAUUCUUUGAAGACGAAGGGGACCCACAUGAGGGCGCAAAUGUUGUGCUCGCCAGACAGCUCCAAGUUGUGCAUGGCUGAUUCGUGGAACCCCACAUGCACAUGGCCAACCAAGUGCCCCUUCUGUGAGCUAGCUCGGGGCAAAGACAAGGGAAUUAAGGCAACGAGAAGGCAAAAGUUCAUACACGCAUGCACACGGAGGGUAUACGGAGAGAAGAAUCUGCAGCUUGUAAACAAAUGUAUAAUAAACAUAAAAACGUUUGAUGAUAGCUUCGUUCACUCGAUCACCAUCGAACGAUUAUUCAACUACAUAAACAAAGAGAAUAACAAAAAUUUACUUUUCUUUUGGUUUGAAUUUUUGAAUGUCCUUUUAAAGGUAACAAUUAACAAGCAGCUGAUGAUUCAAAUUUUUUUUUUCUUUUGCGUAAAAAAUUUACUCAUAACAUCCUACUUUAACACAGAACAGAUUAUGGGCAGUGAUGAGUUCGCCGCGGGGAACACCUUCUCUACAAAAGGACAAGAAAAAAAUUCCUUCCUCACAGAAAUGCUAAAGAAGUAUAAGUAUGAAUCGUUCAGCAGCAUUGUCUUGAAUAACAAUUACAAACUGUUGCAAAAUUUAUUCGAUUAUUUUUUUAGGAUAUGUUCAACGAGGAAUUUGAAAUUUUACGACAAUUUUUUUUUGAAUGUUCAGAUGAUUAAUUUUAUUUAUCUUGUGCAGGUAAAUUUUUUUCAUUAUUACUACAUUGGUCUGUGUUCGAAAUGGUCCCAAUGGGAGACUUCCAAUCGGGGAGACACAAGCAAACUGGUCAUAUCAACUGCGAAGCGGGGAACCGGCUACACCAUUCGGCUUCCAAAAAAGACACAAGUUAAUGAAGACGUAAAGGGGAAAAUCGCUCUCUUCAGUCGCCUAAAGGGGAAAAAUGGGGACACAGUCUAUCCCGCUCCUAACCUGUGUAGUGUCAAAAAGGGACACAAAAAGGAAUCUGCACUUGGGGCAAAGUUCAGGAGGGUGGGUCCCAACAACGGUGGCGUGUGCGCUGAGGGAGAGCAGAUUGGCCUUAUCAGUGAAUUCACAUGCAGUGAGGAGGUUUCCUCUCCGUGUGGGAGAAGUGACACGGGCGGAAUCUUCAUUGGAAAGCACUACAACAUGGGUGUGAAACGGGUCUGUAAGGGCAACCUGAGUUACCACAACUAUGUGCAGGGGAGGCGGAGCAGACAGGGCAGCAUCAGUCGAUACGUGUCGCAUCAGAUGGGGGAACAGACCGAGGCAUGCAACGACAAUAUUGUCCCGCUAACUCAGAAUGAGGAGAUGCACGUGGCCCGCCCCACGAAGCGCCUCGAGCGAAAUCUGAAAAUUUUCUUCAACCGAUCGCACAACUUCCUGAACAAGUACAUUCAGUCAGACCAACUAAUUAAGCAGAGUAACAUUUUCUCUUUCCUCUUUGACGCACUGCCAUCAGGCAACCUCCGUAGCAACGUCAACAACACCCUGGAGCCAUAUAUCCUGUCCAUAUGUUCCAGGUAUGAGUUCAUCGAGGUACACGAUUUUGUGGAGAGCCUAAAAGGCUUAUACAAUUUGAAGAGGAGAAAAAAAAAAGGAAAAAAAAAAACUCUGCGAAGUUGCGAACAACCCAAUGUGAAAUUUCUGAAUGACCUACAAGGAUUUAAUUACAUUUACCACAAUUUAAAAAAUGAUUACCUCAUGUUGGCGGAGAGCUUAUAUCUGGACAUGCGCGGCGAGAGGGAAAAGGAAAAGACAUACGAAAGGGGGAAGGAGAGCGGGAAGCAGACGGGGAAGCAGACAGGGAAAGAAGACAAGAAUAAAUACAGUAAAAUGAGAAUUUCUAAUUUAAUUCAAAAUGAAAAGACAGAUAUAGUAAGAAAUGUCUCUAUAUAUAAAUUUUCUUCCAAAAAAUUAACCGUGCAGCAUAACCUUUUUAAUAUUUACUUGGAGUGCAGAUUGCUGAACAAGGCAUUCAAAUUGUUAAUGAUCGAUUUCAAUUUCUCUUUUUCCCUGACCUCUGAAGUUAUUUUCCUCUACAAAAUGUACCUCAUUGAAUUGAAAAGGAAAAAUAUUUUAUUCGCAUUCGAAAUUCUCAGUAUGACUUUUAACAAAUGCUUCAUUCUGUUGAAAAAAUAUCUUUGCAACCCUACAUCCUUCAAAUUGUUAUCCUUGGUUUGUCUCGAUUUUAGUAACCUCAUUUUUAACUACCCUUUUUUAAGAGCCUAUCUUUCCUUCUGUCCUAAUGAAAAAAUUAAAUUUUUGAGGAGUAAUAUAAUUUUGCAUGAAAAUGUCACAUCCAAUUGCUACUACAAUGAUUACUUUAGUCAGAGGAAUGACAUGGAUUCAUUAAAUUUGCUUUGUGAUGAUGUGUGGGAUGCAACGGGGCGUUAUGGAGCUGUGCGGGAGGAGGGGUUCGGGGGCAGCCGAAGAGACGCUCUCCCUGAGGACAUUUCCAGCUGCGUCAGGGAAGAGGCGACUUCCGCACGCCGCGCCUACAGUUCACGCACCAUGUACAGAUGUGAAAGGUUGUACAAUUCGCAUAAUCUGUAUGCUGACUCUGUUGGCAAGUUCGCACCUCGUUCCAUAGUCAGGGGGGAGGUGUCUCCGCGCGCCAGAUACCCUGGGGGAAACGAAGGGGAAAGGGGCUCUGAAUUCGCUCCAUACUUUCAAUACGGUCAAUACGGACAAUACGACCACUGCUUCGAAUCAGUUGCGCGGGACAAACGCGGCCUGAGGAGUGACUCGGUGGCUCUCUCCGCCAGAGGACCUUUCCCGUAUGACGAAGAACCCUUUUGCAGAAAUGUGCCCAUAGACCUCUGCAGCAGUGUGGCGCGAGGAGCUGCCUCCAGCAGGGCGGGAGACUUCCACAGGAGUGCAUCCCAUAGAAGUGUGUCCCGCAUAAGUCCAUCUCGAAGAAGCAACCCCAAGGGAGACCAUCGCACGUGUGGUCACUCCACCGACGAUUCGUCUCACUCGGAGGGAAGUGGAAAACAUGAUCGCUUUCUCAGUCAACACGAUCAUUUGUACAUGAGAAAAAUUGUCCAAAGUUUCAAUUUCAUUUUUAACAUAUUGGAAAAGACGGUGACUAGUUAUGAGGUGUCCCUUUUGCAUUGUAAGGAAGAGGCGGGGCGUGUCUUGCCGUCUUCAUCUGGGGAGGGGCCAACUGAUCAUCGGUCAAGUGGGGAGCGGCCAAGUGGGGACCUGCGGAUGGACCGGGCCACCUUGGAGGCCCCCCCGUGCGACACGGCGUACAUCCUGUCACAAAACAGCUACCAAGAAAACGCAGGUAAUAUGACCAACUUCAUAAAGGAAGUAGUGAACAGGCUGGACUCAUACUUUAGUGAAAAUUUUAGCCAAAAGGAUAUGAAAAAGCAUAUAGAAAAAUUGGGGAAAAAAAAGUACAAUAAUUUUUUAUAUGACUCCAAGGCAAUGAGAUCGUUGAGAGACGCACAUGAUGAUUCUUUCUUCUCUUGUUUGGAGUUUUUAUUCUUGGCAUACAUAUGCUCAAACUAUUUCUCCGAUCAUGUAUCUAGAAGCUACAAGGAUUGUUUCAAAUCAUUUAACUUCAAUAAUAUCUGGCCAAGCAAUCAGCAGAUAAAGGUGAAAAUCUUGCUCUCCCUGAUACACCUCCUUCUGCACGAGAUUAACGUUAUAAAUUUGAAGAGUUUUUUUUUGCAAAUUCUGAAAAUAAUUUUGCAUAAAUUUUAUAACCAUUUGGACUACAACGACCUGCAGAUGUUUCAGUACAUAUAUAUGAGUUUGUCUAAUGAAACUUUGUUUUCUUGUUUCUCCAUCUGUGAUGAGAUUAGGGAUAUGAUUCGUGGUAGCUUGGGCUCGGUGAGGGAGUUCGCUUAUGUCUUCCACUUGUCCAGGAGAAGGGAGGCCUUUUCCAUGUGCCGCGUUAACUGCGCGGGGGACGCCCUAAGGGACGACCUUUUCGUCACAAACAUUUUGCACUUCCUUCUGGGUGGGGAUGCGGCGGUGAGGACAGGGGAGAAGCCAACAAACGUGGAAGAGGUGCUAAACGGUGAUCGCCCCCUCAAUGAGACUGCCUUGUGGGAGGAGACGCCCCCCACUGAGUGUCCAUACAACGAAACAAUUAGAGACGACUCAGCUGUGGGUGUACGGGUCGAUCAGUUUGCGACGCAUGGAGAAGACGAGGAAGAUGGAGGUCAUCAAAAGUACCAAUUUGACGAUUUCAAAAGUGAGGCCCCGUUUGAGAAGAACGACUUUGUCUUUUUUAAAAAAAGUGAAAAAGGAGUAAAAGAUGAAAACAAGAAACUAGUCGGGAGAAGCUCCUUUUUCAAUAACAUACUCCUCCACCUAGAUAAAAAAAAUACGAAUGGGAAGAAGAAAAGUGUCUCCACUUCUGAUGUAGCAGCAGAGCGACACAAUAAUGGUACCCAUACUGAACUUGAUAGUACAGGUACAAGACACAUCCCCAUGAGGGAGAGCAUUCAUGAAGGACAAAAAAGUGCAGAAGAGAAAUACAAACACAUGUUAUACCAUUUCAAAGUUAGCAAAGAGGAACAUAUAGAAAAUAACCUGAGCAGGCAAAACGAAUGGUUAAUACGAUUGAAGACGUGGAGAGAUCGUUACCAUUAUUAUCAACAUGUGAAGCCUGAUCAUUACGAGUCAUAUAGAUUGGAAAAGGAUUACUAUCUACCUGAGGAACUGUUCGAGACAAACUGUUUCAUCCUAGCAGAGGAGAAACAUCAAAUGAGAAUAGGAUUUAAUCUGGAAAAAAAUAAUUACCUUUUUGAAUGCCUAAAUUUAUUGAGGAUGAUCGAUUUAUACAUGGAAUGCAGAAGCAGUACAUGUAACAGGCCGUUGUACUUUGUAAAAAGUUUAAUCAUCACAUGCUUAAGUGUUAGUUACUCCAGGCAGUUGUGUAUAAUAUAUAUACACGCCCUUAUACGUUUAUGCCUAUUCGAACUGCGCAUGGAUAAUGCUCAUACGGCUGUUUGUAUUCUCCUCGAAAUUUUAAGCCAUUUUGAGAAAAUCAAAAGUUACAAAAAUGUCUUGGGUAUUAUUUUUUACCUUUGCGGGUACUCGCUGCUACACCAAUUUAACUUACAGUCGGAGCGCAUGCAAGGGGAAGGAAGGAAAAGACAACUCAUAAAGGAAUACCAUCACUAUGUGAAUGUAAAGAGGGAAAAUUGCGAUUCCUUUCAGGGGUGUAAAUUGGGCACGUCCACAUUUGUAAAGAGUUGUGACACACCUGAUAUGUCUCCGAUUGUAAGAACGGGGCCUCAUUUUUGUAACAAGGAGGAGGAUCAACUGGCUGCCAAUUCACACAGUACCAACGGGGUGGAAAUGGGGAUUGGUUCUGUGGCCAUGUGUGAAAGGGAUAAUCUGGACAGCGCACUAUCGGAGCGUAGCCCCCGAAGCAGUAAUUAUACUCCUAGACCGCUUGCCAAGGAGAAGGCCACACCAGACCAGUUCGCAAGCAGCGUGGAGAAGAGAAGAAAUAGCUGCGGGAAGGGGAGCCUCUGCAAGGGCGGCUCCGCAAAGUGUUCCAGGAAGCUAAUCCCUUUAGUGAAGAACCAAAUAAAAAUCACCGACUUCUUUUCCAAUCUGAAGAACGAAAAGGUGCAAGAGGCACUUUCGGAUGCUGACUCGGUCAUAUCAGACAGCGAUAUUCACCUGAACAGUGCAGGGAAAAAGUGCGUAAAGAGAAGAAAAAAAAAUGAUGGAUUAACCGAUCACGUAGUUGAGCACAAGGAGGGACAUUGCACGGAGACAACUUUCGAGCAGAAGAAAGAUCAUGCAUACGACUCACUUGAACAGAUAAAUAAAAAGCAAUUUUUUUUAUUUUUAAUUUGUUUCUACAUGAAGCGAGCCCUUUACCACUGGGAAAAUGACGGAGAUGUGGUGGGAAUUUCCAACGGAGUUCAACAAAAGAAAAGGAUAAAAGAUGCUCUCUUCUUUCUCAUGUCGUCUUAUAAAUUUUUUUACAAGUCAUCCCUUUUUCUGUCAAAGCAUGAACGGAUUGGGAGUUUUAAAUUUCCACUUUUUGACUUCCACCUGUUUGGGCAAUAUAAGACAUUUUACACCUUCUACAGGGGAGCCUUUCUCCGGUGCUGCAAUGAAAAUGUGACUUGCGCGUCGUGGGGUUGA